AACUACUACUACUAUAAAUUUUCUACAUCUUUCUUUUUCCUCACUGCUAUUAAAGAUCAAGAAAGUUUUAUAACCUACAUGCAACAUAAUGGCAAUUGAUUGUAUGGUCACAAGAAAUAACAACAUGACAUCAAAAGAAGAUCAAGAAUAUGAGACCAACAAAACAAAUAAGCCAUUGAUAUUUGAUGCAUCUUUGAUGAAAAAUGAAUCAAACAUACCAAGCCAAUUCAUAUGGCCAGAUCAUGAGAAGCCAAAUUGUGCUAGUGUUACUAGUGAACUACAAGUUCCACUUAUAGACUUAAGUGGGGUACUUUCAAAUGACCCUAUUGAAAUCAAGAAAGCAACUAGUCUUGUUAAUGAAGCAUGUUCAAAACAUGGUUUUUUCUUAGUGAUUAACCAUGGGGUUGACACAAAUCUCAUUAAAAAUGCCCAUGUUUACAUGGACAAGUUCUUUGAAUUGCCACUUUGUGAAAAGCAGAAAGCACAAAGGAAGAUUGGUGAACAUUGCGGUUAUGCUAGUAGCUUCAUUGGAAGGUUUUCAUCUAAGUUGCCUUGGAAAGAAACACUCUCUUUUCAAUACUCUGCUGAGGAAGGCUCAUCACACAUAGUUGAAGAUUAUUUUCAGAGGACAAUGGGUGAAAAUUUUAGUCAUCUUGGGAAAGUUUAUCAAGAUUAUUGCAAUGCCAUGAGCACCCUUUCUCUAGGGAUCAUGGAACUUUUGGGAUUGAGCCUUGGUGUGAGCAAGAACCACUUCAAGGAAUUCUUCCAAGAAAAUGAAUCCAUAAUGAGACUAAAUUAUUAUCCAACAUGUCAAAAACCAGAACUCACUUUAGGGACAGGGCCUCAUUGUGAUCCCACAUCAUUAACCAUUCUCCAUCAAGAUAGUGUUGGUGGGCUUCAAGUUUUUGUGGACAAUGAGUGGCACUCCAUCACUCCAAAUUUCAAUGCUUUUGUUGUUAACAUUGGCGACACAUUUAUGGCACUAUCAAAUGGAAGAUACAAAAGUUGCUUGCAUAGAGCAGUGGUAAACAACAAAAUACCUAGGAAAUCACUUGCUUUUUUUCUUUGUCCCAACAAGGAUAAGGUGGUGACCCCACCAAUUGAAUUAGUGGACUCCAACAAUCCAAGAAUUUAUCCAGAUUUCACAUGGCAAGCCUUAUUAGAAUUUACUCAAAAGCAAUAUAGAGCUGAUAUGAACACACUACAAACUUUCUCUAUUUGGCUUCAAGAAACACAAGCUUAACAAUCUUUUCUGGAGCAAGGAAAAGCAAUUUGAUCAGUGUUCAGCGCCUGCUUGACUAGCUCAAAAGGAAACAACUUUGGGACCUUCUUGUACAUAUUAAAUAGAACAUUAGGGCGCCGUCCCCGUGGGGUGGGGUGGGAGGAUUAAAAAUAAGGAGUUGUAUGGAUCAAUUUUGUAAUUUAUUUGACUCAUGAAUGAAUAGAGAAUAAAGUCUAUGAUUAGCUUUA